AUGGAAUCAAAUACACCUCCUCAUCACUCCAGACAAGAAUCUUGGAAUACGGAAUUUAACACUACGACAGAGGGUCUAAAAAAUGAUCACCUAGAACUUAAAAAGGAUAUAGCACAAAAAAGAGGAACAGUGAGGUGUUGGAGAUCUAAACCUGAUGCAGAAAUGGAACAUUCUCGUCUCUUUCCACUCUGUAAAUACGUUUUAGAUAAGAACGUAGGAAACGUACCUCUCAUGAGCAGCACCUUCUCCUUAACUAAAGUCAUCCGGUCCAAUAACACUGAACCGGUGCAUGUGAACUUUGUGAUGCAUCGACAGCGAAUGGAAUCAUUCAUGAACUGGCCAAGAGAUAAAAAGAUACCAAAAGCUGUUGAUUUAGCAGAGGCAGGAUUUUUACGACCAGCAAAAACUUUAGAGUUACACGACCUGGUUCAAUGCUUUCAGUGUGGAAUAAGCUUAGAGAAAUGGACAGAGGAUGACAUACCAUGGAAUCAGCAUGCUUUAUGGAACCAUAUUGUUCACAAUAUGAAUUACACAGAAUGUCGACGAUAUCUGAUCUACAUUGAACCAGUAUUUGAACACGAGACCCUUUUCAUGUGUGUCGGUAGUACAAUCAAGACCUUCAUGUUCAUUCUCAUGUUCUAUGGCAUCAUCAUUCUCACCAACAUCUUUGACUCCUCGACAUCCAAAAUAUGGAUCUGGAUUAGUGGCCACAGAAUUCAAAAUUUGCUGCUCUUACCACCUGAUUGCAUUACAGCGAAUUUCUUAUUUAGCGGCAUUCUUAUUAGCACUGGGUUUGUUAUUGUAGCUAACAUGGGAACAGUGAGGUGUUGGAGAUCUAAACCUGAUGCAGAAAUGGAACAUUCUCGUCUCUUUCCACUCUGUAAAUACGUUUUAGAUAAGAACGUAGGAAACGUACCUCUCAUGAGCAGCACCUUCUCCUUAACUAAAGUCAUCCGGUCCAAUAACACUGAACCGGUGCAUGUGAACUUUGUGAUGCAUCGACAGCGAAUGGAAUCAUUCAUGAACUGGCCAAGAGAUAAAAAGAUACCAAAAGCUGUUGAUUUAGCAGAGGCAGGAUUUUUACGACCAGCAAAAACUUUAGAGUUACACGACCUGGUUCAAUGCUUUCAGUGUGGAAUAAGCUUAGAGAAAUGGACAGAGGAUGACAUACCAUGGAAUCAGCAUGCUUUAUGGAACCCAUAUUUCGUAUCUUAG